CCGGCGCACAUUACGGUCCGCGGGCGGCCACUUUUAACAGCCUGAAAACCGUCAAUAUAGACAGAAGAGCUGCGAGAGGCGCUGACAGCAGCAGAGGUCGAGAGCGUUUAUGACACAUGACUCAUGGGGAGAACACAUUAAAACAAUUUUUAUUGGAAAAAUAUUUGAGGCACUAGUUCUACUGUCACAAUGACCGGAGGAAGUGGUGUCGAGGGAGUUUCAUGCGUUUAACAAACCUGGAUUUUUUUUCUCUUCUUUUUUUUUUUUUGGACUUUGAUGAAAAACAACAACCCAUUAAACUUACAACGAGAAAACAGCGAGGCUUUUGUCACUGAGCUGUCAGUGGUGAGUUUUUAUUUCCCAAGUUACAGCUAAGAGCGGUCAUUUAUCAGAUUAACAUCAAGACUUAAUAAAAAAAAAAAAAAAAGGAAGGAAGAAAAACGCCACGAAGGCUUAUUGAUUUCCGAACUAAUUAAAGUGGAUCAAGUUCUACCUUGACUGACUUUAUCUGACUUAUAAUCAAAAGACAUCUAAAAUUAAGCUGAAGUAAACACUGGAGUUACCUGGAGCAAGGAGCUGAAUGGCCUCUGUUGUAGCAGUGAAAACUGAGAAGCGUCCUGCAGCUGAUUCUCAGGAUGCAGAGUCAAACGCUAAAAAGCCCAGGAAAUUGCUGCCCAGCCUGAAGACCAAGCGAGCCCCCGAGCUUGUUCUGGUGAUUGGUACAGGGGUGAGCUCUGCAGUGGCUCCGCAGGUUCCUGCUCUUCGCUCUUGGAAAGGGCUUAUACAGGCCCUCCUUGACGCAGCCAAUGAUUUUGAUCUGCUGGAGGAGGAGGAGAGCCGGCGUUUCCAGAAGCACAUGCAAGAAGAUAAGAAUUUGGUGCAUGUGGCCCAUGACCUCAUUCAGAAACUUUCCCCGAGGACGGGAAAUGUUCGAUCCACGUUCUUCAAAGACUGUCUGUACGAAGUGUUUGACGACUUGGAGUGCAAGAUGGAGCACGCAGGGAAACACCUCUUGCGAUCUGUGCUGCAGUUGAUGGAGAGCGGUGCGUUGGUGCUUACCACCAACUUUGACAACCUGCUGGAGAUCUACGCAGCCCAUCAGGGCACCAAACUGGAGUCUUUAGACCUGACUGAUGAGAAAAAGGUGUUGGAGUGGGCUCAGGAGAAACGGAGGUUAAGUGUUCUGCAUAUUCACGGUGUUUACACUAACCCAUGUGGCAUUGUGCUGCACCCUGCUGGCUAUCAGAACGUACUGAGGAACACUGAGGUUAUGCGUGAGAUCCAGAAGCUGUAUGAGACUAAGUCCUUUGUGUUUCUCGGCUGCGGACGCACGGUGGACGACACGACCUUUCAGGCUUUGUUCCUGGAGGCGGUCAAACACAAGUCAGACCUGGAACACUUUAUGCUUGUGCGGCGGGAAGACGUGGGAGAGUUCAAAAAGCUGCGUGAUAACAUGUUGGACAAGGGCAUCAAGGUAAUCUCGUACGGCGACGAGUACGCUGACCUGCCUGAGUACUUUGAGAGGCUGGCCAACGAGAUCUGCAACCGCGACGUCUCUACCAACGGCUGGGGAUCACCUUCACAAAACGCAGAGGAACAGCAGAAUGGCUUCAGCACACAGAAAAACCUCCUACAGGGCUAAGACCAGAUGCAACUCCUUGAUUCAGAGAAGAUGCCACUUUCAAUAGACAUUUUCAGAAUAACACAACUUAAAAACGUGGCCCAAAACUCAUUUCCUUAAUGCAUGGAAAGUGUCAGCUGUGACAUUUGAUUUCAAAUUGUUUAUUCAUAUAUAUACAGUACAGACCAAAUGUUUGGACACACCUUUCUAAUUCAAUGGGUUUUCUU